CCGGGAUUAGAUCCCAGAUCCUUUGGACUCCCAGGCCGCCCUGCCUCUGCGCAUCCCGGACGCUUCUCCCCGGUCCGUCCCGGGGGCGUCGAUGCUGUGCCCGGAGCGGGAAGCGGAGGUGAUGCUUCGGGGUGCCCGGCCCCCGGAGAGCGGGCGACGGUCGCCCCCGGGUCGGCAAGAGCGAGAGGCCCGCGAGCGGCUCGUCCGGCUGGAGGAGGACUUCCUCUACAACCUGCGGCUGCUGGACGAGCAAGACCGAGAGCUGCGACGCCUCGAGGCCGCCCUGGCCGGGGCCCGCGGGGCGGAGGAGGCCCGGCGGGCCGAGGCCAGCGAGCUGAAGAUCCAAGUGGCCAAGCUGCAGCGGGCCGUGGCCGAGGAGGCCGGGAGGCGGCGGGAGCUGCAGGAGAGCUACCGCCGGCGGCUGAGGGAGCAUUGGUUCGAGCUGGAGCGAGUGCACGGCAGCCAGAAUGGUGAAAUUGACCUCCACGUGGAGCAGUAUGAAAGGCUGAAAAGGGAGUUGGAGACGAAAGUCCAAGAGCUGGAUGGAGAACUGGCUUUGCAGAAGCAGGAGCUGCUGGCCCAAUUUGAAGCCGAGCUGAAAAAGAGGGAGCACGAGUUCCGGCUGAAGGCCGGCCACGCGAACAACGUCGUCCUCACCCACCAGCUGAAGGUAAAACUGCUGAACAAGGAGCUGGAGGCCGCGAGAGAGGCGGGAAUCAAGGCGGAAGAAUCGCUCCGCGUGGCCGAAGCGACCGCUGCGGAACUGGAGAAAGAGGUCAAGGGCAAAGACUGGGAAAUGAAGAAUCUCGCAGCUGUGAAAGAUGCCCGGAUAAAGCAGUUAGAGGGGAAGCUCCACUCCCUAGAGCUGACCAAGAAAAAGGAGGAAGAAAUAUUUCAAAGGAAGCACGAGGAGCUGGAUCGCUUUUCCCGGGAGAAGGAGGCGGGCCUCUCCGAGCGCGUGCGGGAGCUGGAGGCCGAGGUCCGACGGCUGCGCGCGCUGGGGGAGAGCCAGGAGACGGAGCAGCGCCGGGCCCGGCGGAGGCAGGCCGACGUCCUGAGCCGGAAGGACGCUGCCAUCGCCAGACUCCGGGAAGAGGUGGCGGCCGUGAAAUCCAGCCGGGAUGCCCAGGUUGUUCAGAUGUCCAAGGAGAUCGUUUCCAAGGACCUGCAGGUGCAGGGAUUGCAGGAAGAGGAGGUGAACCUCAAGGCUCACCUGCUCGGGCUCCAGCAGGACAUCGACAGCUGCCGCGCUGCCGGCCGCGACGUCCGCCGAACUGGCUGCGGGGAUGCUUCCUGCCGGAGACGCUCACUCGGACUCCACGCUGACCCAGCUCCGACACAAGGGUCCCGCGAAGCAAGAUUCUUCAGGCGGAGGGGCAGCCGGGGAAGACCCUCCCUCCGGGGCCGGGACCCGGGGCCACCGCCGACCCCUCCGGCGGCCGGGCCCGCGCCGGAAGCUGAGAGAAGCCGCCGGGAAGAUCUGCAGCCUGAGCCGCGAGAAGCAGCAGCUCAUCGACCUGGGCAACCGGCUUCGGGCCGAGCUGGCCGCCGCGACGGGGUCUCCCGCCGGGGCGCCCCGGCCCCCGCCUCGCGCAGCCUCGGGGACCCCGAAACCAAGGGAGCCAGCGACGGCGAGGCCUCCUCUCGCGGGCUCGGACCCCCCGCUCGCCACCCAGGCGCAGCCUCCCUCGUCCGCGGCCCCCGCGUGUGGUUCGACGCCGACGCCUCCCCCGGAAGGCCCGGCCCGAGGGCCGCCCGGGACCCCCGGCCCGGGGCGUCCCCGGACCCCCUCAUCCGGAGCGAGCGGUUCCCUCCGGGACGUGUGGCGGCUUCUGGAGCUGGGAUCGGAUCCUUCGCCUCUCAGCUCGCAGGAGGACGGGGGCCCAGGAGAGACCCCUUCCCCUCAGACAGUCAGCGGCGGCGGCCAGGAACGGCGGCGGCAGAAGUCGACCCGGGCUCCGCCGGCCUUCGCCGUCGAGGCCACGAGGGUGCGGGUCCGGCCCAGGCCCGAGGCCCCAAGUCCCCCGCCCCGGCCUCGGCCCAGAAGAGCCCAGAGCUCCCGGGGGAUUCCCAAGAUCCGGAACUACAACGUCAAAGACUGAGGGGCCGGGGCGGCUCCGGGGCCCGCCCCCGGUGCCGGGCGCCCACGGGGAAUUGGGGUUCGACCGCUCCUCGGGGCCGGGGAGGCGGGGUCGCGGCAGGCGGGAUCGCUGGAGGGCAGGCGCCCGGAGGCUGGGCGGCCAUUCGAAGAGGGCAUAAUUUGUGCCGUCCGCAGAGUUAAUUACAGUUAACGAGCUUCC